CUGCGGUGGUCUGGCAGACAGUUGGGAUAAGGGUCACUGCAGCCAAUCAAGAGAGGGCUACAAGGGGAGAGAAAGGAGUUAUAAACAGCCUCACGCUGAGCUGGACAAAGAGGUGGAAGGGGGACGCUAAAGAUUAUGCUAUUUAGCCCACAUUGCCGAAGUAUAACGGUACUUAAAAAGGCGAAUCAAAGUUAAAGCAGAGGGGAAAUAAAUUCAUUUAAAUUAACGGCUGAGAAUUAAAGAUACCACUUUCUCAUUUAUUUUGAUUAAUAUAUAACUGGUAGAUUAUUAAGCAAUGGAACGCAAAAUUCCUGAUUUCUCGGGAACCUGGAAAAUGAAAUCCUCGGAGAACUUCGAGGAGCUUCUAAAAGCGCUCGGAGUGAACGUGCUCCUGAGGAAAAUCGCGGUCACGGCUGCCUCGAAGCCCUCGGUGGAGAUCAGUCAGCAGGGCGAGGCUCUGACCAUCCAGACCGCCACGUCCGUGCGGACCACCUGUGUGUCCUUCACCGUGGGAGAGCCUUUCAACGAGAGCACUGUGGAUGGCAGACCCUGCACGAGUCAUCCUCGCUGGGAGACUGACAGCAAGAUCACCUGUGAGCAGACUCUGCAGAAGGGGGAGGGGCCCAAGACUUCCUGGACCCGGGAGCUGACCAAUGAUGGCGAGCUUAUCCUGACGAUGAGUGCCGGGGAUGUUGUUUGCACCCGCGUUUACGUACGAGGCUGAAAGACAGAAUUAUCACUCCGUUCCUCUCCUUCUUUUCUCCACCCAUCCAGUCAGUCCGCCCAUCCGCAAAGAGCAGAAUACUACACAGCAAAAUGAGUGUGUCUUCAACAAUAAUGAAGUACAUAUUGUGCCUGUUGGACUCUUACACCUUUAAGAGUUCAUUUUACACUGUUUCCGAGUUUAUUUGAAACUAGGAAUUGUGCUGUGUACAGUAUCGACUGCCAUCUUUUCUUUCCUGUGUUGUGUUUAAAGCAUUAAUCUGUCAUUGGGCCAGUGUGUUUGGUGUCAGGUGUGAAAUUCAGUAUUGAUGCGCUUAUUAACAGACCGACAGAAUUACUCAAGAGUUCGACAAUGCUGAGUAGCUCGUUUGUGGAUCUCAGGACCUACCCGUGGAAAACUUCCUCAACUGAAUUCGAUUUUGAAUGGAGAUUAUCCAUACAACACUAAAUUUAGUCCAGGACUAGGCUUAAUCUGUGCCUGUGAAACUGGCCCGAUGUGUCUACAGACAAAGCAAGCUGUAAAGAGCGAAAUCUGCUCCUGACAGUGUUCCUGUCUCUUCCUUCUCAGCCUGAAGUUUUAUAUUUAUUUUAUUUUACUUCCAUAUUUUUAACAUGCAUUCCUUUGAUCAAGUAUUAUGUUUUGACAUGACAAUGUUUGCAGCAGAGCAAUAAAGUGGCACACACAUUAUCGUGAUAUUCUCCAGUUGAAUUCUAAAUGUGUGAAAAUGUUAGCAUUUAAUCAUAGUGGACAGGAGUGUCAAUCAAACCAAUGACAUCAUUUUUUAAAAAGAUAUAUUGCACACAAGAGGUAUUAUAAGAAAUACUCUAUAAGAACUGUAAGGGCCUUACCUUGAGUAGAAAUAAAGUUGUUUUAACCUUG